AUGUCGUACGUAGACCCCCAUCUAGUCACAACGUCGUGGAUCAAGGGCGUAAUCCGCAGGGUGACGGACACGGAGGUGGGUAAAAAGCUCCCAUACUGGGGAGCUUACUUUUUUCGGGUGUGGACAAAGCCUCUCACUCUCCAGCUCGGACGACAUGAUUCUUGCGCGCGCUGCAUCUUCUUCUUGUUUGACACUGGUGUCAGCGUUAAGGCACAAUACUGCCACCUGGGAGGUCAACCAGGAUUCUGUUCAUUUACUGGGGGCAUCUCACGUGAGUAUGUUAUAAUUCAGGAACAGAAGACUUGGAAACAGGCACAAGCUUACUGCACAGCGAAUCACAUUGACUUGGCUACUGUUCAAAGUGAUGAAGACUGGGCGAAUCUACGAGAUGUAGUUAAAAAAAGUACUAAGACGGCUUGGAUUGGACUGUACAAUGACAUCAAUAGCUGGCGGUGGUCUUAUCAAAAUAAGGAAAUUGCAUUCAGCACUUGGAGUUCUGGAGAACCAAACAACUAUGGUGGAUAUGAGGCUUGUGGUAUGAAGCAGGGUAGCUCAUGGAAUGAUUAUGAUUGCAAUAGUCUAUUUCCAUUUUUUUGCUUCAACGAGAAUGGAGUAAACAGGUUUGUUUUCAUCAGUAAUAUCAAGACCUGGAAGGAUGCUCAGAGCUACUGCAGACAGUAUUACACAGACCUUGUCAUCAUUCAGAAUCAAACUGAAAAUAACCAGCUGACUGUGCUGAUGAAACCAUAUAUAAGUGCUUGGAUUGGACUCUUCAGAGACGUGUGGAAAUGGUCAGAUGAAACAAAUGUCUCCACUUCCUCCUUUACUAGACUGCCUUUACAAUCUGGGCUGCAUAGUCCUUGUGGUGUUUCAGAUCCUGGUGGUAUAAUCAGUUAUCAGGUCUGCUCAAACGUUCUCCCUUUCCUCUGCAUGCACCGUGCAAAGAAACAGAUUGUUAGACUGAGGGUCAAAUCUGGUCAGAAUCUUAAUGAUCCUGCAGUGAUGACUGUUAUCUUACAGUGGAUAAAACAGAAGCUGAAGGAAUGGGGUAUAGAAAAGGAAACAAAAGUGACAUGGAGAGUUCAGGCAAAUGGAUAUGUGUUUUCACGAGUUACACAUUUUUAAGUAUCAGCGGCAGCAGUGGUGGUCCUGGCUCACUUUGACUCCAGCUGUGUGCUCAAAAGUGUCAACACUGUGGCAGGACAUAUAAAAGGAGUAAUUCUGUGCAUGUAA